AUGUCACAGGUCGAUCCUAUGGCCGUAGAUCAGAUUAAUGAUCACAAUGAUCAGCCUACCGAUACACCUACCGAUACGCCCACCGAUUAUGCGAGCCCAUUAAACCCUUCUCAAGGUCCAGCCACGCCACAAACGGCAUCGGAUGUCGAAUCAGGAGCAUCAACACCGAUGGUGCUAAACAAGAAACAGAGCGAAGAGUCUCUUUAUGAGACGCGUCUGAAGCGUUACCGAUAUCUUUUGGGCCAGACGGAAUUAUUUGCCCAUUUUUUGAACUUGAAAGAUGUCAAGGACGACGCAAUGCGAACGGUCUUAAAGGAGGAAGAAAUGCACAAAUCAGAAGAGGGAUCCAGACGUAGACGUAAAACCGAAAAAGAAGAAGACGAGGAAAUAUUAAAGGACGAAUCUGGAGCCUCUAGUGAACAAUUGACGGUGUUUACCGAAUCACCGAGCUAUGUCACCGGUGGUACCUUGAGAGACUAUCAGGUACAAGGCUUGAAUUGGAUGAUCUCCCUCUAUGAAAACGGCAUCAAUGGAAUUCUUGCGGAUGAGAUGGGUUUGGGAAAAACGCUCCAGACCAUCUCGUUUCUCGGUUAUUUGAAGCAUGUCCGAGGCAUUGCCGGUCCUCAUCUCGUCGUUGUACCCAAAUCCACCUUGCAUAACUGGAGCAACGAAUUUAAAAAAUGGGUACCCGACUUUAAUGCCUUUGUUUUCCACGGAGACAAGGAACACAGGGCCGAAUUGAUCAAAUCACGCAUUCAACCACUUGAUUUUGAAGUAUGCAUUACUUCAUAUGAGAUUUGUCUGAUGGAGAAAACGCAGCUCAAGAAGAUUUCCUGGGAAUACAUCAUCAUUGACGAAGCGCAUCGUAUCAAGAACGAAAAUUCCAUGCUGUCGCAAAUUGUGCGUAUUCUUCAGUCAAAACACCGCAUGUUGAUCACCGGUACACCGCUGCAAAACAACCUUCACGAACUUUGGGCGCUUCUGAAUUUCUUGCUUCCUGACGUUUUCAGCUCGUCCGAGGUUUUCGAUGAGUGGUUUGAAAAGCAGGGUGGCGAUCAAAAGAAGAUUGUUGAGCAAUUGCAUAAAGUAUUGCGACCUUUCUUAUUGAGACGUAUCAAGUCGGAUGUUGAAAAAUCGCUGUUGCCCAAGAAGGAGAUCAAUAUUUAUGUGAAAAUGAGCCCCAUGCAACGCCAGUGGUAUCAACGAAUCCUUGAAAAGGAUAUUGACGCUAUCAACGGCGCGGUCGGUAUGUCCAAAAGGGAAGGAAAAACGAGACUGCUCAAUAUUGUCAUGCAGCUCCGUAAAUGCUGCAAUCAUCCUUACCUCUUUGAUGGCGCCGAACCUGGUCCGCCAUAUACCACGGAUCAACACAUCGUGGACAAUGCGGGCAAAAUGCUUGUCUUGGACAAGUUGCUCACAAGAUUCAAAGCUCAAGGUUCACGCGUUUUGCUUUUCAGUCAAAUGAGUCGCGUCUUGGAUAUCUUGGAAGAUUACUGUUGGUGGAAAGGCUAUGGUAAUGUCUUGACGUCGCUCGGUGUCAUUUGCUAUUGUCGUAUUGACGGUCAGACUGGACAAGAAGAGCGUAUCGAUGCCAUUGAUGAAUACAACAAACCUGACAGCGACAAGUUUAUCUUUUUAUUGACCACCCGCGCAGGUGGCCUGGGUAUCAAUUUGACCUCGGCUGACAUUGUUAUUCUCUACGACAGCGAUUGGAACCCUCAAGUGGAUCUUCAAGCGAUGGAUCGUGCGCAUCGUAUCGGUCAAACGAAGCAAGUAUACGUGUUCCGACUUGUCACUGAGAACGCUAUUGAAGAAAAGGUGCUCGAGAGAGCCGCGCAAAAGCUGCGAUUAGAUCAGCUGGUUAUCCAACAAGGUCGCAUGAUGCCACAACAAAAAGCGGCCAGCAAAGAUGAGCUCUUGACCAUGAUUCAACAUGGUGCGGAAAAGAUUUUCAAAGAAGCCGAAACCGACGAUGAUACAAACUACGACGACAUUGACGAAAUUCUGCGCCAAGGCGAAGAGAAGACAGCGGAAUUGAACAAGAAAUAUUCCAAUUAUAAUAUAGACGACCUUAAAAACUUUACAUCGGAAAGUGCCUACCAAUGGAAUGGUCAGGACUGGAGUAACAAGCGUAAAGCGGCGGGUAUUGGUCUCUCUUGGCUUGGUCCGGCCAAACGCGAGCGUAAGGCAAACUAUGCCGUCGAUGAUUACUACAAAGAGGCGCUCCGUAUAUCACACAAAACUCCAUCCACCAAAGCGCCUCGUCCGAAACGUUAUGCCAUUGAGGAUUUCCAAUUCUUCCCGCCGCGUUUAGCCGAUUUGAAUGAGAAGGACACGUUGUACUUGAGGAAAUCGCUCGGUUACAAAAUCCCACCGGUAGCUGAUACAGGUGAUGCAGAAGAAAUGGAGGCCUUGGAAAACGAAAGGGCAGAAGAACAACAAAAGAUCGAUGAAGCCGAACCAUUAACGGAGAAAGAAGAAGAAGAACGCAAGACAUUAUAUGCAAAGGGAUUUUCUAAUUGGAGCAAAAAGGAUUUCUAUAGCUUUAUCAACGCUUGCGCAAAAUAUGGCAGCUUUUUGGAUUCCUUGAUUCAUUGUGUUUCCUACGUUUCCAGACAAAACUUGGCGGCCAUUGUUACCGAAAUUGAAGGCAAAACCUUGGAUGAAGUAAAGAAAUAUUCCAAAGUGUUUUGGUCCCGAUAUAAAGAAAUAGCAGAUUAUGAUAGACAAAUUUCAAAAAUCGAAAAAGGCGAAAACGAAUUAGAGAAACAGGCCGAAAUCCAAGAACAAUUGACGGAAAAAGUGGCCCGUCAUCGUAUGCCUUUACAGCAGUUGAAGAUUCACUAUACGCAGCCUACCAAAGGCAAACAUUAUACAGAAGAAGAGGAUCGAUUCCUGGUAGUGAUGUUGGAAAAAUAUGGUUACGGCACAGAAAAUGUGUAUGACUAUAUUCGUCGCGAAAUCAGGGAAUCGCCGUUAUUCCGUUUUGAUUGGUUCCUCAAAUCAAGGACAUCUCAAGAAAUCGCAAGGAGAUGCAACACUCUGAUCGGAUUGAUCCAGAAAGAAAAUGCGGAAAUCGAAGAACGAUAUAGAGAAGAGAAAAAGAAGAAGAAAGGUGGACGAUCCAAAUCAAGCACACCGGUGCCCAGUAGUCGAUCACGACGUCGUUAA